UGUAAAAAUCGUAUAAGAAGUUGGCACGGCUUUCAAUACUACGCGGUUGUUAAAUAAUUUAAAAAUAAAUAAAAUAAUACUCAUACAAAAAAACUAGGUGCAAUUGUAACGACAAAAAAUAAUAACACUACAAUUUGUUUUCUAACAGUGUAAAAUUACAUUGAUACGAUUUCAAUAUUAAAUUUAAUUUUGACUCGCAGCAGAGGGUGUUAAUUAAACCUUGCUUUUAGAUUUAAAUGAAUUGAUUUAAUUUGAAAAAUUUGUAUUAAAAAAUCAAGAUCAUUAAUUCAAAAUUAUUAUACAUACUUUACUAUAAUUUCAUUUGUCAAGCCUAAAAACGCAACAGUAACGACAGACGAAACGAACAUCAUUAUUAUCCUCAUCAUUGUCGCCGUGUUCACAUUGUAAUUGAUAAAUAACGUGUGAUAAAUGUGGAUUUGACAUCAGUUUUUGUACUUUUUGUUUUGUGUUUUUUUUUGCUGUUUGCGCUUUAUUUUUUUUUUUUUUUUGUGAAUUUAAAUAAAUGAAUUAUAUUGUGUAAAUCUUUUUUUUAUUAUUAUUAAAAUUAGUUGUGGAAAUAGUUUUGCUAAGUAAAAUACAUAGUCACAUAGAAAGGUUGAAAAUUUAAAAAUUUAAUUAACUGCUGCAUUGCUGAACAAUUUUGAAGGAUUUAUUUAAAUAAACAAAGCAAUAUUGAGCUGAUCCGUUUUAAUUCUGUGCGGCUGUAUAUAUUCGAAACCUCCCUUAUGAUUUGUUGAACGAUUUGAAUUGGAAAUGAAUUACAAAUUUUAUAGUAUAGCCAGUUUAUUGGCAUUAUUAUGCCUUUCAUCGUGGGUGUUGCAAACGGCGGAAGCCUAUCAAAUCGGUUUGGGUAGAGCCGAUAUAACGGGACCACCAGUGGAAAUUAAUUUUAUGGGUUAUGCCAGCAUCAAACAAGUUGGCCGAGGCAUACACUUGAGACAAUUUGCCCGUGCUUUUGUAGUAGAAGAUGAGAAUAAUAAACGUAUCGCCUUUGUGUCGGUAGAUGCCGGUAUGAUGGGCUACGGCGUGAAGCGUGAGGUAAUUAAACGUUUGAAAGCACGAUAUGGAGAUAUUUACACCAAUGAAAACGUUGUAAUUAGUGGUACACAUACUCAUGGAGCUCCCGGUGGUUUUCUAAUGCAUCUUUUAUAUGAUAUAUCAAUUUUAGGCUUUGUGCCUCAAACUUUUGAGGCCAUGGCUAAUGGUAUAUAUUUGAGUAUUAAACGUGCCACCGAUAAUAUGGUAGAUGGCCGAAUUUAUCUUUCUCGUACUGUUAUCCUUAAUGUCAAUAUCAAUCGUUCUCCCACCUCGUAUUUACGCAACCCUGCCGAGGAACGUGCCCAAUAUGAACAUGAUGUGGAUAAAGAACUUACUCAAUUGCGUUUUGUCGAUCAGGAGAAUAAUAUAAUGGGUGUCUUCAAUUGGUAUGCUGUACAUGCUACUUCCAUGAAUAAUACCAAUAAAUUGGUAUCCAGUGAUAAUGUGGGUUAUGCUUCUUUAUUGUUAGAGAAAGAAUAUAAUGCUAAUAAGGUGCCCGGAAAGGGCAAAUUUGUGGGUGCUUUCUGUUCCUCCAAUUUGGGUGAUGUUUCGCCUAAUAUUUUGGGUCCUAAAUGUUCUCUUACCGGCAACCCUUGUGAUUUACUUACUUCUAAAUGUCCCGCAAAAGAAGGUGAAUGUUUUGCUUCGGGUCCUGGUAAGGAUAUGUUCGAGAGUACGAAAAUUAUUGGUGAACGUUUGGCCGAGGGUGCUCUGCGAUUACUUAACGAAGCUAGCGAAGAAGAUAAUAAUGGACGUGAAAUUACCGGCGAUUUAAAUUAUAUUCAUCAAUUUGUUGAUAUGCCCAAUUACAAUGGCACCACCUACAGUCCUCUAUUGCGUAAAAUUGAUAAAAUUCGUGGCUGUCAACCAGCCAUGGGUUAUAGUUUUGCUGCGGGUACUACAGAUGGUCCUGGUGCUUUUAAUUUUGAACAGGGUACCUUAACGGAAAAUGCCAUGUGGAAUUUAGUGCGUGAUUUUAUUGUACCCCCCACUCAAGAUGAUAUUUCGUGUCAUUCACCAAAACCUAUACUCUUGGCUACUGGAAGGGCCACAUUCCCCUAUGAAUGGCAACCGAAAAUUGUACCCACACAAAUAGUACAAAUUGGUGAUUUGAUUAUUACCGCCGUGCCUGGAGAGUUUACCACCAUGGCUGGCAGACGUUUGCGUAAUAAAGUGAGAGCUGUAGCAGCAGCUACUGGUGGCAAAGAUGUUGAUGUUAUAUUGGCAGGUUUAUCAAAUCUCUACUCUAGUUAUAUCACCACUCCGGAAGAAUAUCAAGCUCAACGUUAUGAAGCCGCCUCAACAAUUUUCGGACCCAAUACUCAUACUAUAUAUAUGGAUGUAUUUGAACGUUUAACUAAGGCCAUGUUAAGAGGGGAAAUUGUAGACCCUGGUCCAAAUCCUCCUUACAUGAAUGAUCGUAUGUUGUCCAUGAAUACAGGUGUUAUAUUCGAUGGCCAUCCUCUGGACAAAGAUUUCGGUUAUGUCAAGAAACAACCCAAAAAGCAAUAUAAAAUUAAUGAUACGGUCGAGGUUACUUUCGUUUCGGGCAAUCCACGUAAUAAUCUAUUCCAUGAGAAAACAUAUCUUGCGGUAGAACGUAAAAUCAAUGAGGAGAGAUGGAAAGUUGUGCACACCGAUGCCAGUUGGGACACUAAAUUUAUAUGGGAACGUACACAUUUGAUUUUGGGUUUCAGUGAUGUUCACAUACACUGGUCCAUUGGACCCAAUACAUUACCCGGUGAAUAUCGUAUACGUCACUUUGGCAAUUACAAAUACAUUUUAGGUGGUAUUUUUCCCUACGAAGGCCAAACACAUUCCUUUACGGUUAUAGAAGACUAAAGUACCAAAAAGUAUUUUACGCAAAAUAGUGUUAUAAUCGAGUCAUCCCUCUCUCUAGAGGAUCUAGUGUUGUUUCUGCUGUUUGGUCUAGUCACAGACUGUAUGCUUCAGGGUGUAAAUAUAAAAAAAAAA